AAAGCCCAGCCUUUACCAGGCUGCCCGGAGCUUCCACCCUCACCUCUUGGCUCCUCUUCCAGGAGACAGCCACCCCUUCCUUUGAAGGCCGCCCUGCAGACCAGGGUCAGAGCUUCCUGGCACGGCCAUGGCCCUCCCAGGACUCCUCUGGAUGUGGCUGCUGGUUAUAGGGACUCAAGGCUUGGAGGAUGGUGACAUGCGGCUGGCCGAUGGGGGUGCUGCCAAUCAGGGCCGUGUGGAGAUCUUCUACAGGGGCCAGUGGGGCACCGUGUGUGACAACUUGUGGGACCUGACUGAUGCCAGCGUCGUCUGCCGGGCCCUGGGAUUUGAGAAUGCCACGGAGGCUCUGGGCAGGGCUGCCUUUGGGAAAGGAACGGGCCCCGUCAUGCUGGAUGAGGUGGAGUGUACAGGGACGGAGCCCUCGCUGGCCAACUGCAAAUCCCUGGGCUGGCUGAAGAGCAACUGCAGGCACACACAGGACGCCAGCGUGGUCUGCACCAACGAGAGCAGAAGCAACCACACCCUAGACCUCUCUUGGGAGCUCUCCGCCGCUCUGGGCCAGCUCUUCGACAGCCAGCAGGACUGUGACCUGUCUGUCCAUGUGCGGGUCCAAGAGGAGGAGGUGCUGGACCUCUGUGCCCACACCCUGAUCCUGACCACCAACCCCGAGGCCCAGGCCCUGUGGAAGGCGCCAAGCAAAAGUGUGGACAUGAGUGUGGAUGCCGAGUGUGUACCUCUGGUCAGGGACUUCCUCAGGUACUUCUACUCCCGGACGAUGGAGGUCUCAGUGUCGUCCGUCAAGUGUGUCCACAAACUGGCCUCCACCUACGGGGCCAAGCAGCUGCAGAGCUACUGCGCCAGCCUCUUCGCCAGCCUCCUCCCCCAGGACCCCUCUUUUCAGAAGCCCCUGGACCUCUACAACUACUCACUGGCCACCGGGGACACCAUGCUGGAGGAGCUCUGCGUCCAGUUCCUGGCAUGGAACUUCCAGGCCCUGAUACAGACCGAGGCCUGGCCCAACGUCCCCACUGCCCUGCUCCAGGUGCUGCUCUCCAGAAGCGAUCUGGCUGUGCCCAGCGAGCUGACCCUGCUGAAGGCCGUGGACACCUGGAGCUGGGAGCAGCGCCUGUCCCCUGGGGAGUUGGAAGGCCUGAUCGAGGCAGUCCGCUUCCCCAUGAUGCUGCCCCAGGACCUGUUUGAGCUGCAGUUCAACCUGUCACUGUACCGAGGCCACGAGGCCCUGUUCCAGAGGAAGGUCCUGCAGGCACUGGAGUUCCACACGGUGCCCGUCCAGCUGCUGGUCCAGUACAGAGACCUGAACUUCACGGAGGACACAUACAAGCCCCGGCUUUACACCUCAUCUACCUGGAGCUCGUCUGUGACACCCACUUCCCUGAAAGCAUGGGGGGCUUCUCUGGGUUACCCUUAUGGAGCUAGAGUUACGUACACCCGGGGCUACUCCUACUACAGGUAUUACCCCUACCAGUCCUUCCAGACCCCACCCCACCCCAGCUUCCUCUUCCAGGCCAAGCACGUCUCCUGGUCCCUGGCCUACCUCACCACCACUCAGAGCUGCUGGGACUACGGCUUUUCCUGCUCGGAGGACGAGCUCCCCGUCCUGGGCCUCUCCAAGUCUGACUACUCAGAUCCCACCAUCGGCUAUGAAAACAAAGCCCUGGUGCUCUGUGCAGGGCGCUUUGUGGCAGAUGUCUCCGAUUUUGAGGGCCCAAAGGCCACGAUCCCCAGCGCCCUGGAUACCAACAGUUCCAGGAGCGCGUCCCUCUUUCCCUGCUCAACGGGAUCCUUCAGCAGCUUCCAGGUGGUCAUCCGCCCCUUCUACCUGACCAACACCACGGGCACAGACUAGACGGCAUGGCCCGGGGUGACAGAAGCUCCGCCAGGCACACCCCAGAAAGCCCUGCUGAGGGCUGUUCCCCUGCCUCCUCCCUCUCUCCAGCCACUUCCUACAACUGGCCACCAGAUGUCCCCCUGCUUCCCCAGUCUCUCUGAGCUUAAGGAAAUUACUGGAAGGUUUCUGUUAGCAUUCACCACUAGUCACUAGUCCUCCCUCUGCCCACUGCUGUCCAGGUUGGAAAGCAGCAGGGCCUGCCCAGCCACCACCGUGAGCUUCCCUAGGCCCCUUCCAGCUGUUCAUCUCCACUGCCACUGGCCUGAGAUCAUUAAAAUCACAGUGUGGUCCCCACGUUUGUUUGUUCAUGAA